UUAUGUGGAGUUGUUUUAAAUUUUGAAAAUGUCCAAUCAAAGAUAUUUUAUUUUUGUGCGAUCACAACUUGAUAUAAAAUAAAUCGCAAUAAUAAAGCGCAUUCUUUUGAUGACAAGAUUAUGCGUUUAAAAUGCAGUAAAACACUGUUUUAUGCUGUUGCUUUGAUAAAUAUUUUGUUUAUUUUUGCACGAGUGUAUAAUGCGUUUUUAGACUGGGACGUCGGUGUAAAGAAUAAAUUAUCAAAGGGCCCUUCUAAACCCACACUGACUAAGCGGCUAAGCAGAUUGGUUACGGUAAUAAUAAGAGAGUUUGAAUCCAAUGAAAAUGAUGUAUUGUCAACUGCUCAAAACUUUCUCAACUUCUUUCCCAGCAUGGUUGUAUGGGUUUUGUACAAUGACGUGAUUUACCCCCCUCUGGAUCUUGUGGCAACAAAUAAUUCCCAGAAAAACAUUAGACUUCAUAACCUCUCUCCAAAUCUGAAAGGAAAGUUUGAUGUUGCCUACCACAUUAAUACAAAAUAUGUGUUGUUUGUACCCGAUGCAGUAAAAAUAACGUCGAGGCUGCCGUUGAAUAAUAUGGUGAGCCGAUUAGAGAGUUACCAAGACCGACUUGUGGCUCUGGGAGUUAACGAUCAUUUAGAUUUGAAAUGUUUAAAGAUUCAUUUGAACAUACGAGAGUGGUCACUUAAAUAUAGCUCUUCAAAAGGAGUUACAUGCGACGGAGUGUCAGGAAAGCAUUUGCUAAUGAUGGAAAAAGCAGUAAUGCAGAAGUUGCACGAUCCGUUUUUGUUUCCUUUCCCGCAAGCUUUGUAUGUACAAACUGCAGCCCAAAAUCUAAAGGUUAGUAUCAUAAAAGGCUUUUCCGUAUUCAUAGGCCGCCCUAUUCUGAGGUCCCAUCACUCACAAAUAAAGAAAAAGCAGAAUGACCGAGAAAAUUUUAAAAAGUUUUAUCAUGUGUUUAAAAUUAAGCAAGUGAUUCGGGAGAAUGGAGCUACAGAGUGGUAUGGGUGCAGCAGGGACACAAACAUGUGUUUUGGCUCAGUCAUCAAUUCAAUGCCCUCUUAUUUGUAUGAGAGAAGGUGGACACCCCCAUGUUGUUUAACUAAUUUACGGAAGACUGCCCGACAUGUUUUUGCAACAUUGGAUGAGACGGGUAUUCGGUACUGGUUGGAGGCUGGUAGUCUCUUGGGGGCCAUGAGAAGUGGAGACAUCCUACCCUGGGACCACGAUGUCGACGUCGGUUACAUGCGGGACGAUUUACUUAGAUGUAAAGCCCUAAAGAGAGCCACAGACAAACCAACCGUGGACAAAAAGGGUUUUCGUUUUCUUUGGGAAAAGGCAACCGAAGGUAAUUUUUACAGGGUGUUUUUUAGUAGAACGAACCGAAUUCAUGUAAAUCUAUUCCCGUUUUAUACCAAAAAUGGGACUAUGGUCAAGGAUUCGUGGUUCACAGGCCAUAAAAAUGUUGAAUUCUCAGAAUCAUUCUUGCAUCCGAUGUCAAGUAUUGAUUUUGUGGGGCGCAGUGUUCCCAGUCCCAACAACAUUAGGGAUUUUUUGGAGCUCAAGUUUGGCAAGGGUUGCAUUGAGAAUCCUCAAUAUCCCGAUCCCUCCAAAAUGAGUUUCCCAUAACCUUUUUGCUCUACUAUUC